CUCCUAUGGCCUCAAUCUUUCCCCACAAUCAACAGCGCUUGAGUCCUAUCUCAUUAAACCAGUACAGCGUGUGCUCAAGUAUCCGCUCCUCAUGCGAGAACUACACGGCUUUACGGCGCAAACCAGUCCAGAUUACCAAUCUGUCGAGAGUGCCUUACAUUCUAUUAAACAGAGAUCGUACUACAGACAAAGUUGUUGGCAGUAUGUAUCAAUUCAGGUCAUCAUAUAA